GCCAUAGUAUUUUUGAGACGAUCCGCGCCAUGUUGUGACGGAAUAGAGAUAAGAAUUUCAUAUCUUUCACAUCACGUAUGAAUGACUUGGCUUGGGAAGACCCACCCAACACUAUGAUCCCGAACGGCCAGGCUGAAAUGAACAACGUGCCUACUGUACGACAAGGAGCAACACGUUCUCAAGACGAUGCAAUGGUUGGAUAUUUUUUUCAACGACCACAGACAGAUCCCACUUUUCAAAAUUUCAAUAAACAGUCAAGGUGGGCUCUUGGAGAUGACAGUGUAUUAGAGGUUCGUGCCAACGAUGGAACAGGAAUAGAAAACGAGUUCCAAGCCUUAGCACUAGAGACGUCACAUCCACCUCUAGAGAUCUCAUCAUCUAAGAAGUUACCAGUGUGGAGCUUGGAAGACAGCAGAGCCGAUGAUGGAAAAGGAUUCUUUGUUCCAGAACAGUGGCGAACUGCUGCCUGGAGCACUGGCCAGAACAGUGCGUCAAGUAGACCAGCUCUUUUUCCAUUAGAUCAUGCAGUGUCACAGCCCAUGAUAGUGCAGAGACGAAGUGGCUCAUACCCUGGCAGUGAUGCCAAUUCUGCUCUAUCUCCUCGAUCCUCAGACACGGGAGGCUUGGAGAUGAAAAUGGUUGAGUAUGUUUUAGGCAUAUCCCCAAACACUAAAGAUCUUGAUGCUCGAAUGGCUCACCUUCACAUGGCUAUGAAUUCUUCUGAUGGAGUUGACAAAGCGAAAAACAGUAAGCAUUUUGAGGGUGACUCCAAGAACAAGGAUGUUGAGCCUUGUGGGGUGUUACAUGCAAAUGGUAUUAUUCAGAAUGGAUUAGAUGAUGAUAAAACUUUUAAUCGUACACCAGGAACUCGUCAAGCCUCUCCUAGUGAGGAGCACCAUCACUCUAUUAAUGACAUUACAAAACUCCAGAAGCAGACUGUGGACCAGCUUGUCCCCCAUCAUGCUACGGUUAGCAUUCAUCAAGGGACAAACUCCUUGGGAGAACUUGGAGGUGGUUUUGAGCAUGUAGGAAUUGGAUCGCUGCCAUUUGAUUAUCCAUCAAACUUAAUGCAAUCCAUGGAAUCCUCUAAUAUUAUGGAAUAUGACAUGCAGAGAAAUGAUCUUCUUUCCCAGGCAUACCAACAGAGAAAUCAGGCAACAUCGCAGGGGCAGUCUUUACCAAUGAUGACCCAACAACAAUUUCCUGUCCCUUCUCAACAGCAGCAACCACAGAGCCAAAGCAUGGGGAAUGUUCCCCCUCCAGGUGCUGCUGCAGCAUUUGCUUCAAACCCCUAUUUAAUGAAUCAAGAUCCAUUUGCCAUGGGAACAGUAAUGCCGGGCCCUGCCAUGAUGCCUCAGUAUUAUGGAAUGCCUUCAUGGGGCAUGAUCCCCACCCCAGGACUGAUCCAGAGUAAUCAAGGCCAGCCUCAAGGUCCUCCUGUUCAACAGCAAAUACUACAACGUGGAGGUGCUCGUCCCAUCACUCCUCAGGGUAAUGGGGAACCACUACCCCAAGGAGGGGGGAGCCUUCAAGGAUCGGGUGGUCAGUACCAGAUGCUAGCUCCUCCUUAUUAUGACCAGAACACAUCUCUUAUGAAUCCAGGAAAUGCAAGGGGUAUGGGUGCAGGACCAACUCUACGUCUUAUGCCAUCAGCUAUGUUGGUGAACCCAGCAGCUGGACCAGCACAUAAUCCUGGUCAACUCCAAAACCCUGCAAUUAGUCUAUUUUCCACAAAUAAUUCAAAUGCAGGGAGUAACUCUCUCGGCACCUCUACAGCCAAUGCUACUUUAGGAUACAAUCAGCAGAAUGCCAUGUCAGCUAAUGGUGGAAAUCAGCUAGGGUUUUCGUCAGGUCUUGGCUUAGGUCUAGGACAAACUCCCAACAGUCUAAACUAUGGAACAACACCUCUUGGGCCAAUUGGAUCUGCAGGAGUUGGAGGAUUGGGAUCUGGUUUAGGAAAUGUUGGUGGAUCUCCGCGGAGAGAUAUGUUCGAUCACCGAGAUACUCUCGGUGCCGGACCGGUUCCGGGCAUCUCGGCUAGUCUUGAGAGCCAGUACUCCCGACACAUGGCACCACCACCACCAAAAUCUACUCAGUUCUAUGGUGCUUUGGGGACUGUGACUGCUUCACCAGGUCCAGUUGGCAUGCUUCCUCCAAGUCAGAGCCUAACACCACCACCAUCUUUCAAUAACAAUUCUGCAACAUUAAAUUUAGGUGUUCUUGGAGGGCGCAUGUUGUCAGCGGCCCCAGGAGCAGAAGCGAAAUAUUUAGUUAGAAGCAGGCCAUUGAACAACAAUGGGUUAAGCUCCACAAAUACCCUUUUUCCAAACCGUUCAUUUCAGCGCAAUUCAAAUAUAGAAAAGCCUACAGGACGAAGUCGUCUGCUUGAGGAUUUCAGAAAUAACCGUUAUCCAAAUCUUCAGUUGAGAGACUUAGCCAAUCACAUUGUAGAAUUUUCUCAAGAUCAGCAUGGAUCCAGGUUCAUUCAGCAAAAACUAGAACGAACAACUCCAGCCGAAAAACAGAUGGUGUUUAAUGAAAUAUUAGGUGCAGCAUAUAGUCUGAUGACAGAUGUGUUCGGAAAUUAUGUUAUCCAGAAGUUUUUUGAGUUUGGUACUUCAGAACAGAAACAGGCACUAGCACUAAAAGUAAAGGGUCACGUUUUACCUUUGGCACUACAGAUGUACGGUUGCCGUGUUAUACAGAAGGCUUUGGAAUCUAUUCCUCCUGAACAACAGAGGGAGGUGGUUAAAGAAUUAGAUGGGCAUGUCUUGAAAUGUGUGAAGGACCAAAAUGGGAACCAUGUUGUUCAGAAAUGUAUCGAGUGUGUAGACCCACAUGCUCUUCAAUUCAUCAUCAAUGCCUUCCAAGGACAGGUGUUCUCUCUCUCCACCCAUCCUUACGGCUGCAGGGUGAUUCAGAGGAUCCUGGAGCAUUGUACAUCACAACAAACCAUGCUUAUUUUGGAAGAGCUUCACCAACACACCGAACAAUUAGUUCAGGACCAGUAUGGAAACUACGUUAUCCAACACGUCUUGGAGCAUGGCUGUCCUGAAGAUAAGAGCAAGAUUGUGUCCAUGGUUCGUGGCAAGGUUCUUGAACUUGCUCAACAUAAGUUUGCAAGUAAUGUGGUGGAGAAGUGUGUCUCAUACUCUUCAAGAGCAGAGAAGGCGUGUCUUAUUGAAGAAGUGUGCACUACUAAUGAUGGCCCCUAUAGUGCCUUACACUCAAUGAUGAAGGAUCAGUAUGCUAAUUACGUGAUACAGAAGAUGAUCGAAGUAGCAGAGCCAGCUCAACGUAAGCUGUUGCUCCACAAAAUCCGUCCCCACAUCCCAGCACUCCGAAAAUAUGUUUAUGGGAAACAUAUUCUAGCCAAGCUGGAGAAGUACUUGAUGAAGAACAGUGAUCUUGGACCCAUUGGUCCACCACCAAAUGGAACCAUAUAAAAUGACAUAUAACAUUGAUACUGAAUACAUAUUUCAGUCAACUUAACUCCUUCCCUCACCUGAACAUUUUAUAGCAUUUUUCUUUUACUUUAAUUCCCCCUCCUUCCCUUUUUAAGUUAAGAAUAUCAUAACACUGUUAGAUUUUUUAACUUUGAAAUUUUAAAAGUUGUUUUAACAGCAAUCUGAAGUAUAACAUAUAUUCACACACACAUAUAGUAGGUCUCUGUCAAGGAGGGGCCAAAUACCACCAGUUCUUUGCAAGGUGUUGCGCAUUUGUAUAUGCCAUUGAGAUGCAUUUUAGAGUAUACAUUGACAUUGGUACAUUUGAAAGCAUCAAAGCAUUUACUAUAAAAAAUGUAAUAAAAUAUAAUUCAUUGUAAGUUUGUAAAAUCUAAAUUUAUAUACACGAGUUAACUUUAAUUCCUUGUCUAGAAAAAAAAAAUGUGUAUAUCAUUUAUACAGUGUAUCAGUAUAUGUAAUAUUAUUGUGAGAUAAGAAGUGGACAAAUGAGAGGUUUUUACUGAGUACUCUGUUACUGCUAACCAGUGGUCAAGUUUUUUCUCAGGUAUUCUAUCAAAACUUUUUUAAUUGGUAAAAAAAAAAAGAAUUUCAUACUUGAUUUUUCUAUUAAAAAAAUUUUCCUCCAAUCAGUUUAACCUUUUUUUUUUCUGAUAGAUUUGUUUAAAUUAAACCAGUGUACCAACCAUCUCGGAAACUCUCGUGUGAUUUAAUAAAAGUUGUUAGUGUUAAAGUAAGGGUUAGAUGUUUGUGUAUUUGAUUUGAUGAACAGUUUGUUUUCUUGCUGGUAUUCUCAAGAUAGAGAAUGUAUCUAAUUCUUAUAACAACACACUGUCCAGGUCAAUUUUUAUGGAUGGAAGUAGUCCAUAAACAGCAUGUAGUCUUUUAUGACCACUUAGAAUGAUGUGAUGUUUUUGUUUUAAUUAUAUAUGUAUUGUUGGCCAAUCUGAAGUAACAAUAGUAAAUCCUUUCUUUGGCCUUCAUGAGUCAUUUUCUUCAAUACAGUGGCAAGAGAUGAAUUUAAAUAAUACAUGGAAAGUUGACAGUGAAAGAAAAUUUUGAAUUUGCUCAUGACUAUUUGCUUGAAAUUUUUGACAAUGUUUGUGGGUGCCAGAAUCAGAAGAAUUGGAUGGUUUUUUUUUGACGUAAGUCAUGAAAUUUAAAAACUACGUUACCACCAAUAGUUCCCAUUUGUUUGUGAAUAACAUUGGUAAUACUUAGGAGGUUGAACUUGCUGUUUUGAAAAUAAGUCUGAACAUGUAUUAAACAAGAGAACUUGUCUUGUUAUAAACUCCAACUUUCUGAAAAUAUUUUAUUAUUGUUUUGCUUGGAGAAUUUGUGUUUGACAUUCUUUGCGUGUUCUGGCCCCACGAUAUUUAUCAAAGAGCUUGCUGUGCAGUAGUAGAUUGAAAUAAAAUAGCAAGAAUUGUAUCAUUGUAGUUAGGUGUUUUUAGCUGGUUUUGUACACAGUGUAACCUAUAUUUUGUACUUUUUUAACUUUGUAGUUAACCUUGUGUAUUAUUGGUUGUACAUGUUUGUGCGUAUAAGUUUUACUAUAAGUGUAACUGUGAUGUUUUGCAGAGAUUUUCUUAGAUGUCUUAAAAGUUCAAAUCUUUACUGUAACAGAAACUUGGGGGUGUGUUUUUGUUUUCUUUUAAGACUACAACAGCAUGAGACAGAACCUUCCUAUGUCUUGUUUUAGUUGAUAAAUUAGGCUAGUGGGAUAUUACUCCUUAAUGUAUAACCAAACUGGCUUUUUUUGCUAGGUUCAGUCUGAGAAGUACUCAUUCUUGAAAGAUUUUAUUGGUUCUUUUCAAUAUUCUGAACAAGAGUAUAUAUCUGUUGUUGUCAAUGCACAUGUCUGAACAUUUUUCAGCUGUUGGAUUUUCAAAUAUUAUUUGAACUGUUCAGACAAAAAAUGUCUAAACCAAUGAAGUUACUGAUGGAUUUAAACUUAGAUAAUGAAAUUAUCUAUUUAGAUUUUCUAACGAUUUAAAUGUCCAGCCAAUCCUGGUCUUUUUUUUUUAAGAAAAUUUUUAAUGCCAAUUUUUUUUAAAUGCUGAUGAAAGCUCAUUGUAUUUCUGAAUAAAAUUUUGUUUCUUUCGUUUGUCAAUUACAAAAUGACAGUGCAUGCUAUUUUCAUUGCUCUUAAAAGCAAAUUUAAAAUAAUUUUGCUUUAAAUAUAAGCCAUAAAACAAUUUUUGCAAAGUGUUGUUUUAAAGAAUUGGGGCAGUUUUUCAGAUAAUAAUGGAAAAACAGACAUUGUUAUAGAGAAACUAUGACUGUCAUGACAGAUUAAAGCAGUACUCAUUCUAAAUUGAAUUUUGGUGAUGGUACCAUUUUUACCACAUUAUACAAAAAAGAAUUGUUUUAGCUUUAUGUGAAAUUGUAUUAUAAUACAUUUUAUGUCUAGAUAUGAAUAAUUAGAAGUUAUUGUACAAACAAUAAUAUAAAAAGUGUAACUAUAGCUUUUUUCACAGUUAAGUUUUUUUUUAUCAUCAAGCUUUUUUCACAGUUAAGUUUUUUCUGUCAUCAACGUGUUAAAGUAAAGUAAGUGGGUUUUAGUUUUGUCUGUUGUGAAGUAAGUAAUAGAUGUUUUAAAAAACUAUUUUUGUCAUUGUUUGUGUACAGUUAAAAUAACAGAAAAGUAAUCUGGUUUUUUCCAGUGAAUGUUGAACAAAGCUGAAAAGGGGAAAUUUUUAUAACUUGAUUUUUUAUUUAAAAGAAUUGUGGAAAGUAUUUGUCACUUAGUUUAAAAACUGUAUAUAGAUGUUCAUAUCGCAUUGCCAUCUAAUAGUUCAAGUCUGAGUAUCAUUUAGAAUAGUGAAAUAACUGUAAUGGAACAACAAACAGUGCUUCCUUAAGGCAGUGUUGUAUAGCUGUAAAUUUGUAAAUUUCAAGAGCUAAUUAGUAGUUAACAGGUAUCAUGAGUUUGCCUUGCCAGACACACACACACACACACACACACACAAAUUCAUUGAAAAUGUACAUUGGGUUCUAACCUCAGAUUUUCUCACGCUGGUGCUGCUUGUGAUUGAACUACUUCGUACAGCAGUAAGCUUAAAUUAAUUUUAAUUCCAUUGUCAUGAAAUCUUCUACCAGGACUUCAUUUCUUCUGAUAGAAAACAUUCACAUUUUAUACAUUAUAGUCAAAAAUUGUCGGCUGUCUGAAGACGUUUUGGUCUAGCACCUUCAUUUGUUCACUCAAAGGUUUUUUUUUCAUAGUUAUUAUUCUUGUCUAAUAUAUGUACUUGUCCGUGUACAGGCCUUAUUUACCUAACAUGUACACUGUUGAGACUCCCAUAUCAACAUAUCUAUAUAGGCCUAAUCUGUGUUUAAAGAACUUUUGAAGCCCUAAGUAAAUGGAAAAACUGCUUUUUAGAUAUUAGGUGCAUCCCGUGUAAUGCUAAACUUGUUUUUAUCAUAAACAAUUGAAAUUCAUCUUUUGUUGUUGUUGUGUAGUGAAAAGCUAACAAAAGAAAUAAUAUUCAAUAUUUAUAAUUCAGCCGUUUCUCUGUUAUAGAUAUAUUUUUUUGAUAACCUUAAAAUCUUCCCACAAGGAUGUAUGUGUAUACAAGUAUUUGCCACGUUUUCUAGCUUAUGCAUGCCUUUAUAGCAAGGAAUAGCAAUAGUUUCAAUAUCAAGGCUUUUAACAGGUUUUUUUUUACCAAAACAUUUUUUAAAAAAUCACAUUAGUAACUUCUUCCUUGGUAAGACUUCUUCAGUGUUAGUAGAUUUUUAUAUUUGCAUGUAUUUAAAUGUAAUCAUAGAUAUUUUUUUUUGUUGUAAAAUCUUUGUCCAUCAUUUAUAAUGUGUGUUAUAAUUUUAACAUAGGUUUGUGUUUGAAGUUUUCAAAAAUGAAAAUUGUUAUAAAAUAGGACAAGUGCUUGGCCAUGUGUUUAUAAAGUAGAUAGUUUGUAAAGCAAUUUUCUUAUGUUUUAUUAUAUGCUUGUUUUUGUGGUAGAUUACUUUCGUAUGCAGGUCAACAUAUAGGUGGCAGCAGUAUUUCUUGUAUUCUUAUAAAAAUUGAUGUUUAGGCUUAGCAGGAUUAUUCUUAAAUACUAAGCAUUAAUGUUAAGUUUCAUUAUAAAGUUUGACAUUGUAGUGAUAGUUAAAGCACAAGCUAUUAUUUAGUUUUUUUACAUUCAUUAUAAGUAAUAGAGAAUGUUUUUAGACAUCUUGACAGACUUGAAAGUGAUUGGUAAAGCAUUUAUACAAAAAAAAAGUGAAUAUAAAAUAAUGAAUUAUUGCCUUUCAUAUUUAAAAAACUUAGAAAUAUGAAAGUACGUUUCUGAAACAAAGUCUUGUGUAUAUAUGGCAUACAAUUUUUUCGUACAUGAUCAUAUUAGGAAUAGCAAUCUGUAGUCUGUGCCCUGUAAAAAGUUUAGUUUUAAUAACAAUUCAGAAGAAACUACCUUAAAAGGUCAGACGAAGUUAUAAAUUAAAAUGAAAUACGUGAUUUUAACCUUGAAAAUUUUUCUCAUUAUUCUAAUGAUAUGAAAAGUACUUAGGUUUUGUUUUGUACUUAAAACCUUUGUUCAUUUAACUUCAUGGAAUAAUCCUGCAAAGUUUUACAGAAAAAAAACUUAACGUAACUUGAAAGUUUGAUAUAAUUAUGGAUAUUUUACUAUUAUCUUGAGGUUCUAGGAUCUGCUUAAAAACCAGUAAAUGUAUAUGUAACUAUUUCUCUGGCUAAAAACAUUUCACUAAAAUGGCUGAUUAGAAAAUGCAUUAAAUGGUUAAAAAUGCAAGUCGUGUACGCUUUCACCAAAAUAAUUUCCCAGGUGUUUAAUUAAUUAGAAUACCACAUUUUUUAACUAUUUAAUACAUAUAUAAUCGGCUGUUUUGUUUAAAAAAUGUUUAACUACAUUCUUUCUUUUCUACUAACCAAAAAUUCUACUUUGAUUUUGAGCUUAUGUAAACAUGAUAAGCAAAUUGUAGUAUAUCGGCUACCAUGCAUAGAAAAUGUUCAGUGUUUUAUAUCAACUAUUACAAUAAAACAUAUUUAUUACUUUUAUAUGAUUUCACUGCUGGAAAUACUAAUUUCUUUUCAUGCUGUGCAUGUUUCCUAGGUAACUUCCUGGUUACAUAUUUCCUAGGUAACUUUACCUGGUUGCAUAUUUCCUUGGUAACUAUCUGAUUGCAUGUUUUUAGGUUAUUUUACCUGGUUGCAUAUUUCUUAGAUAACUUUACCUCGUUGCAUAUUUCUUAGGUAAUUUUAUCUGGUUUCAUAUUUAUCAGGUAACUAUCUGGUUGUAUGUUUCAGGUGACUUUACCUGGUUGCAUAUUUCUUAAGUAACUUUAUCUGGUUGUAUGUUUCAGGUAACUUUAUCUGGUUUCAUAUUUCUCAGGUAACUAUCUGGUUGUAUGUUUCAGGUAACUUUAUCUGGUUUCAUAUUUCUCAGGUAACUAUCUGGUUGUAUGUUUCAGGUAACUUUAUCUGGUUUCAUAUUUCUCAGGUAACUAUCUGGUUGUAUGUUUCAGGUAACUUUAUCUGGUUGUAUGUUUCAGGUAACUUUAUCUGGUUUCAUAUUUCUCAGGUAACUAUCUGGUUUAUGUUUCAAGUGACUUUACCUGGUUGCAUAUUUCUUAGGUAACUUUAUCUGGUUGUAUGUUUCAGGUGAUUUUACCUGGUUGCAUAUUUCUUAGGUAACUUUAUCUGGUUGUAUAUUUCAAGUGAUUUUACCUGGUUUCAUUUUUCCUAGAUAACUUUACUUGGUUGCAUAUUUUUAUGUUAGUUUCCUAAAUAAUUACCCAUGUGCAUCCUUCUUUCUGUCAAAAUUUACGUGAUUCUUGUUUUCAACGUGACUUUACCUGGUUACGUGUUUCCUAGGUGACUUUACAUGAUAGCAUUUAAAAAACUUUGAGUGAUCCAGUUUCCAUAACUACUUGGUUGCUGGCCAGUGCGACUUGAUCAGUAUCAGUGUGAUCUAUACGCAUGUUCUUGUUUAGCCUAUUGUCAACUGGUGCUCAUACUAACCCUGGGUUUUUAAUUUAUCGUGUACAGAAUGUAAACUAUGUAUACAUCAGAAGCAUCUACUGUUCUUAAUUGUACAAAAAAAAAGAAUAGAAUUUGAAAUUAAAUAUUGUGCAAAUUGUUGAAUAGUUCUUGGAAACUUGUAUGUGUGUAUCUCAUAGUUUUGUAACAUAGAAUUUGUGUGUUGUUAAAAGGACUUACCUUUCAGCCAUCACCAGCAUGGCUUUAUGUGAAUAGUAAAUGAGACCUUUUUUUUUGUAUCAAAGGGAGGCCUUUUUUAAAGUAUACUUCAGUAAAUAGAGCAACUAAUCGGAAUUUUCUAAUGUAAGAAUUGUAAUUAACUUUGCAAAAACAUUAUAAAAAUUAUGAUGAAAAGGUCAAAAUGUAUAGAAGGAAAUUAUGGAGUAUGAACACUGUCAAAAUAUAAGAUUAAGUUAACUACGUUUAAUUGUGAAAGUUAUCAUUGUAUGUAAACUGACUUUAUGAAAAUUUUCUUGGAUAAGAAAAAUAAUAGUUUCAUUAAAACUAAAAAGUUUAUAAAACAAAAAUACACAAAGCUUUACUACUGCAUCUUUUAUAACAAUUUAUGUGGUCUUGAAACAUUAAUAUUGUUAGAUUUUUGUAUUGAAACAUCAGUGUAAGAUAUAAGUGGAAUUUUUCUUUUAUAAACUUGUGACACAGUUUCAUCAGUAUUGUUUGUGUUUGAAUUUGCUAAGGAAAUUACUAAUGUACUUUGAUAUGUUAUGUACUGCAUAUGAUCAUCAGCAUUUUCCCAGGGUUAGUGUGAGACCUUAAGUCAGUUUUUAAACCUUGUUUUGUAUAAUUGGGUAUGAAUGAAACAUUUUGUCAGGUUUGUACUGUUAGGAAGCAGUGUACUCGAUGUACGAUAUUUGCCUUGUAUUCUGUACUUUUUAGGGUGAAAAUAAGACUUGUUUUGCAGUCGUCA